UUUCAUUGUUGGGUUUGCACCAAACACAAUACUUUUAGUGCUCUUCCAUAACUUCACACCCUCAAUGGCCCAAACCUCUCAACAUUAACACCAUCACCACCAUCAAUUCAUCCAUUUUCUUAACAUGCGCACUAGCCAUCUACCACCCCAAACAUGCGCAUUUCCACUUCAUUCAUUCCCAUCUUCUUACUAACAUGCACCACUUUCUUUGCACCAUCUUCACAAGAUCCAAAAGAUGAAACUUGUUUAACUCAUUUAUUCCAAUCUUUAAGUGAUCCAAACAACAAUCUUCACAAUUGGUCCAUACCCACUUUUUCAAACCCAUGUUCUGACUUCAACUCAAACCUAGCCGGAGCCACUUGUAACAAUGGCCGGAUUUACAAACUUUCACUCCAAAACUUAAAUCUUGCUGGACCCAUUUCACCCUUUAUCUCAAAUUGCACAAAUUUACAAUCUUUAGACCUUUCUAAUAACUCUUUAACUGGUCCUAUUCCAAAUGAGCUUCAAUAUUUAGUCAACUUAGCUGUACUAAAUCUUUCUGUUAACCAUUUGACCUCUGUUAUCCCUCCCUCACUUGCCAUGUGUAAUUACUUAAAUGUUAUUGACUUACAUGACAACAGACUAACCGGGUCAAUCCCAGCCCAGAUUGGGGCAUUGGCCCGGUUGUCUGUUUUCGAUGUUUCAAAUAAUAAACUGUCUGGUCCGGUUCCUGCUAGUCUUGGGAACCGGACCGGCAGUUUAAACAGGUUUAAUGUGAGCUCUUUUUUGGGUAAUAAAGAUCUUUAUGGGUACCCUUUAAGUGGGGCUAGAAAUAAAGGGUUAUCUGUGUUAGUGAUUGUUGGGAUUGGAUUAGCAAGUGGAUUAUUGAGCUUGGUUUUGAGUUUUACUGUGGUUUGUGUUUGGUUAAGAUCUGUUGAAAAUAAAAGAGCUGCUGCUGAUGAUGAUCAACAAGGCAAGGUUCCUCAACUAAUGCCUGAUUAUUGAUUUUGGAGAUUGAUUUAAUUAAAUCUUGUAUUAAUUAGCCUUUUUUCUUGUUUACUAUGUGUAUUAUUAUGUUAUUACGUUAAUUUGAUCUUUUUGGACAGAGUUAUUUCUGGGAA